AUGCCUGGAGAAAACCUCCCGCCUACUCAAGGCUCCAAAUCGAAGAAGAACAAGAAGAAGGGCGCAAAAGCCAGGGAGAAUCCCCAAGAGUCUGAGAACGAGCACCCAGAUGCGUCGGGAAGCAAGGAUAAUGCUACCCAGGUGUGUCAAGGGCCCUCCCUGCCUACCAUUGUGAUCGUUGCUGAGAUCACCCAGGACGACGGUGAAUCCACCAAUUCAAUGGCGACCUCGGACGCCCACGGCGCUCAACAACAAGUCACCAAUACCAGCGCGCAGAAUGAUGCCUCUGAUUCUGAAAGCCAGAAGCCCACUGGAGAUGCUGCUCAAGACAUCCGCGAUCCUUCCUUCCACAAGGCCGAGCCCAAUGACCGAUUUGAUGCGCUUGUUCGAGACCGAGACUCACUCCGUGCCGUCGUCACCGAUAUGCGCAAGUCUCUCGAAGAGCUUCAAUCCAGAUACAAGACAGAUAUGGAGUCGCUGCAACAGAAGUUGGAGGAUUCGGAGACCAAGAAGGAACAGGCAGAAACACAAUUUCAGAACCUGCUAGAGCGUGUGAAUACGAUCAAAUCACAGCUCGGGCAACGUAUGAAGGAGGAUGCUGAAGAGUUGGCGCAAGCUCGGUUGCAGAUCGAGGAACUUGAGGAUGACAACGCGAACUUGAAGGAGCAGCUCGAAGUAAAAUCUACGGAGCUAUCAAAACUUGCAGAGGCAUCGGCCCAGCAGAUGAGGGAGAUCUCUACCCUUCGGGAUCGGACGAACCUAUCCCAGCAAAAUUGGCUCAAGGAAAAGGAAGAAUUGAUGGACCAUGAAUCUUACCUUCAAGCCGAAUUUGAACAGGCCAAAGAGGCUAUGCACAGCUGGGAAGUCCUUGCAAUGGAGGAGCGAUCAAUUCGUGAAAACUUGGGCGAGAGAGUAACUGAUUUGGAAGAGCAGCUGAGCAACCUCCGCGAAGCCUAUGAACAGGCUUCGAAUGACCGCGACAGCCAUCAAUCGACAGUUGACGGUCUGCAAAGGGCUCUGCAGGAGAUUCAAACUGCACGAAAACAGGAGCUUCGGGAGCUGGUGGAAAGCUCAGAUUCCCAGCUUGAAGAGUUGAGGCGAUCUCUGCGAGAAGCACAACAGCAAGCAAGCGACGCCGAAAAGAAUCUUCACGUGGCGGAGGAAGAAUUGGAACGAGCGCGUCCAUUUGAGAAAGAGGUCAAGGAGAAGAAUCUUCUCAUUGGCAAGCUACGACAUGAAGCAGUCACUCUCAAUGACCAUCUGACGAAGGCCUUGCGAUUUCUUAAAAAGGGGAAGCCAGAAGACAACGUGGACCGGUGA